ACAGAUGGAAUCCUCGAGGUUCAGGAGUCAGCUUGCUUACGGAACCCGACAAAUAUGUGGAAUAGCCGAGAACUUUUCGGCAAAUAGGGUGAAGCAAACGGAGUGGAUGUGAACUGCGAAGAGGCAGCCAGUCAGCCUGAUCUGUUUCUGGGGUUUUUUUCUUCAUUUAAUUUGCUUCCUCUGCUUGCACACUUCAUCUCCUGAACUCUUUUUUAAGAGCAACAGCUGUUCAUUCUUCAUGUAGGGGAAACUCUUGUGACCAUUAGCCUCCCAUAGCUUGGCGCCUGUGUCCUUGCACCUCAAGAAGAAAGAAAUGGCUUGUGCUGAGUACUCUUUUCACGUGCCAAGUCUUGAGGAGCUUGCUGGAGUUCUGCAGAAGGGGCUCAAGGAUAACUUUGCUGAUGUCCAGGUGUCUGUGGUCGACUGCCCUGAUUUGACUAAGGAGCCAUUUACCUUUCCUGUAAAAGGCAUCUGUGGGAAAACUAGAAUUGCAGAAGUAGGAGGGGUGCCUUACUUAUUGCCUCUUGCAAAUAAAACAAAAGUUUAUGACGUAAAUAAGAUUGCAAAAGAGAUUAAGCUUCCUGGAGCUUUUAUUCUUGGAGCAGGAGCAGGCCCAUUUCAGACUCUUGGGUUCAAUUCUGAGUUUAUACCGGUUAUUCAAACAGAAAGUGAACACAAAUCCCCAGUAAAUGGAAGCUACUUCGCCCGUGUUAACCCUGCAGAUGGAGGGUGCCUGCUCGAGAAAUACAGUGAGAAAUAUCACGAUUUUGGGUGUGCAUUACUGGCUAAUCUUUUUGCCAGUGAGGGCCAACCUGGAAAGGUCAUUGAGGUGAAAGCCAAAGGAAGAACUGGAAAACUUAACUUUGUGACUUGUAUGAGACAAACUCUUGAAAAACAUUAUGGAGAUAAGCCUGUAGGCAUGGGAGGUACUUUCGUAAUUCAGAAGGGAAAAGCGAAGACUCAUAUAAUGCCCGCAGAAUUUUCUUCCUGCCCAUUGAACUCUGAUGAGGAGGUGAAUAAAUGGUUGCACUUUUAUGAGAUGAAAGCUCCUUUGGUUUGUCUGCCAGUUUUUGUCUCCAGAGACCCAGGCUUCGAUUUGCGAUUGGAGCACACCCAUUGUUUUAGUCAUCACGGAGAAGGUGGACACUACCAUUAUGACACUACCCCAGACACAGUGGACUAUCUUGGAUACUUCUUGCCUGCAGAGUUUCUGUAUCGCAUUGAUCAACCAAAAGAGACCCAUUCAAUUGGGCGAGAUUAAAUCAAAGGAAAAAGAAUUAAGGUUAAUUAAUUAACUCAUUAAUUGAUACUAAUAUAAAAUCCAAUGGAAAUGAUCUUA